CCCGAGGCACGCGGCUGUCCUCUGUGAGACGAUUUGCACUGCAAAAAAGAGAGUUUUCAGCACAUCUGGUGCUGCGUCUUUCUCUUGGUGUUGUUGACGCCAUGGUGGAGUGUGCCGUCGAUGAGCUGGACGUCAUCGUUAUCGGUAGGCAAGCAUGUGUGUGACACGAUGGACAAGCGUCCACAAUCGAUGAUGGAGUGUUUUAUGUGUCUUGUCGUGCAGACGCGGGAGGUGGCUCACUCAAGGUGGGCUUCUCUGGUGAAGACCUGCCAAGAGUAAGGACCUUUCUGGCUCCUGGUCCCAUCCAUCACACAAGAGGCGUGUGUCUGUCAGACUGUCUUGUCGACAGCGAUGUCUGUCGUUACCGAAAUACCCGAAGACGAUGAAGGCAACGUAGACACAACCGGUAGACAGGACAAGCGCCCGCCUAUGCGCAUGUACUUGUCACUACCCCUCGGGGCUGAUGCUUGUACUGCCCAGCGCAGCCCAAGACUCUCACGUAUUUUGGCGACGAGGCCCUCCAGAACGCCAGCAAAGGCACACUGAAACUGCCGCUCAAGAGAGGGGUGCGUGCGACGGAAAAAGAGAACCACAUGCAUACGAUUGGAAUGCGUGGAUGGUUGGCCUCUGUCUGCUGUGUGCAGUUGCUACACGACAAGGACAGUUUGGAGGAUGUGUUGGAGCACGCGCUGAGAUCUUUGCUCAAGGUGGACUACGAGGAGCUGCCCAUACUGCUUAUCGACUCCCCACUCACACCACAACACCAGCGGGACUUCCUCGCUGAGAUGCUGUUUGAGAAAUUUAAAGUCCGCUCGUUGGCCAUGAUGAACUCGGCGGUGCUUUCGCUCUUCUCAACGGGACGCACCAGGUGGGCAGGCAGGUGGACUGGUCGAUACAAGUCCAUUGAUGUACAGCUGAUCCUGUCUAUCGAUGCAGGGGGAUGGUUGUUGAGAUGGGCCAUGGUGUCACACACGCUGUGCCUGUCUUCGAGGUAGGCUGGCUGCAAUAAACAUGGGUGUCCAUGGGACAAAGCGUCUGUCCUCUUCUUGCAAAAUAUUCAGGGAUUUGCCAUUCCGCACGCAACGUUUCGGAUGGACUAUGGGGGCCAGGACAUCACCGACGCUGUCCAAAAGGUGCGUGUUGAGGGGUUUGGCUUCAGUAUUGGUAUGUGUCUCGUUGCCUUUGCAAUAGAUCUUCAAGGAGCUCCCCUCACUGACGGCCUACCAGCAGUGAGCAGGGCUGGACCUUCACGUGUGUUGAGAAUAUCGUCACACUCACUCCUUGGCCGUGUGUGUGCAGGCAUGCUCAUCCGUGGGUGAUGCGGUCACUGAAGGAGUCGCUCUGCCAUGUCGCACCCCACUCACUCAAAGAACAGGUAGACCAGAGCGGCGCAGGUGUAUCUGUACAAAUGUGUGCUUGCAUUCAGCUGGCGUCUGAGGACCCUGCGAGUGACGAGGAGCGGUCGUUUGAGCUGCCCGACGGCACCAUCGUGCAGGUGGACCAGCAGCUCAGAUACGGGGCACCAGAGAUACUCUUCGCGUGAGUGAGACAAGUCAAACGAGCUUGUCGCUGCAAUGGCACGAUUGGUGUCUCUGUGUAUGUACAUAUCCGUCAGUGGGGGCGACAGAAGUCUCCCAAAGAUCACGCAGAUGGGCCUCAAUGCAUGGUCCGGCACACAUACACUCUCACGGAAGGCAUGACCAUCGUGUCUCUGCUGCCCUUGUGUAUGUCAGUGAUUUGGACUUCCGGUUGGACCUUGUCCGUAAUCUCGUGCUGGCGGGCGGGACAUCUAUGAUACCUGGUGGGCGACACACCUACACGGCUUACAUGGCCUACAUGGAUUUGGAGUCUCCCCCUGUAGGUUUGUCCGAGCGGAUACGCAACGAGAUGCAGAUGCUGGUGCCGCCAGACCUGCACAGACAAAUGGAGGUCAUUCUCGACUCACAGAGGAAAUACUCAGCCUGGAUCGGUAUGCGCAGAGACAGACGUGCGUGUGUGCAAGCACCUGUGCUUCCAUUGUGUCAGGUGGGUCCAUGUUCGCUUCCCUAUCCACCUUUGAGCACUUCCUCAUUACCAAGCAGGUAACUGAGAUGUAAUCUUGCAAUGCUAUCCAACAUGUGUCUGUCUGUGUGUUGUGUCAGGAUUACGAGGAGGGCAAGAGCAGCUUGUCUGGUGUGGUGGCCAGGAAAGCAUGGUGACUUGUCGUGGGGUGUCUUCUUCCAUCGAUGCACACACAACACAUCACGACACACCCCUCCCUCCCCUCCCGUCAACACAUGCAUGAUUCACACAGAUAUGUCACUUCACUUCCAUGGACAAAUGAAUACAUCCAUAUACCAUCAUCGCGACUUGGCCACGUGACCACACGCACAGUGUCUCCUUAGCUGACUAUGCACAC